AGGGCUUUGGGGGUUGGAGAAAUGGGGAGUGACUGCUAAUGGGUAUGGUGAUGAAAGUGUCCUAAAAUUGAUUGUGGUGAUGGCUUAGUAUAUUCACAAAAUUAUUGUUGUGGGAAAAUGAGAAGAGCACUGGAUUUGACAUUAGACCUGGUUUGAAUCCCUCCUUAGCCUCCAGGACUAGAGUCCCCACCUACCCUGGAGCAGAUGCCAGGAGCUCUUUGAAAUCCUGAGUCUGGGACUGGGCAUUCCAACAGCAACUCCUUAGGUGCGGAUCUUGGAAAGGCCUCUUCAAAACUGUCUCGGCCGGGGCCCCAACGACAGGCUCUGCUUCAGUGGAGGUUUGCAGGACGCCAAAAACAUCUCCAGUGCUCCAGGAGGAGCAGCCAAUGGGAGCUGCGGCUGAGACCCCUCCCACUCCCCACCAUAGGCAUCCGGGUCUCCUGCCUCCCUCCCCCCUGGCAUGCCUGGCACAGAAGUGAGGACCUGGCGGCUGGCUUCAGGGUCUGCAGAGCCCUCUCCGUCUGCCUUGUGGUUCCCAAACGGAGCCUCAGCCCAUCCAAAGAUGGCCUGGAGACAGCUGCUUCUCGCCUGCUGUCUCUCAGCUGCUGUGCUCCUCACUACGCUGCAGGAGGGCGCUGGUGCAUCGGUGGGCACCCAGCAGGAGGCAGGACAGGACGUUCGGGAAGAUGUAGAACAGAAGAUCUUCAUGCAGGAAUCAGAUGCUUCAAAUUUCCUCAAGAGGCGCGGCAAGCGGUCCCCAAAAUCCCAAGAUGAGGUCAACGUGGCUUUCUGGUACCUGGAGCACACUGGGGCUCAAGGUGGGUCAAAAGGAAGAUGGUGCCAUGACAGGUAUGUUCUGGGCCAAGGUGUGGAGUGUGGGUACCUGGGGCUCUGGCUUGUCCCAAGCUGUACCUCGACCAACUGUAUGACUUCGAUUAGGUCACUGUACCUCUGUGAGCCUCAAUUCCCUCCUAAGAAUUGUAUGAAUGUUGGGCAAGGGUCGGGGGAGGCUUGGGAAAGGAAAUUCCUUCCACCAGGCUCAAAAGUCCCACAAUUAUGUGGAUAAAGGCACAAGUGUGGGGAAAACAUGGGAUUUACCCAAUGAAAUCUGCAUGGAGAUCAAGUCAUAGUUAACUGGAUUUUUAAUCUGAGUUCAACAAUAAUAAUAUAAUAUAGUGUAAUAUAUUAUAAAUAACUACAGCAUGUGAGUCCCCCCUCUUUGAUGUGAUUGUGCCAGAGGGGUGUGAGGUGUCCUUCAGGGUCCAGUGCUUCCUGCACCAGACACGGCCUUCCUGAUGUUGUGGAUUUGUCCAGUUGAAGCCCGGUUAAAUUUUUUUUAAUGUUUAUUUUUGAGAGAGAAGCAGAGUGUGAGCAGGGGAAGGACAGAGACAGAGGGAGACACAGAAUCCGAAGCAGGCUCCAGGUUCUGAGCUGUCAGCACAGAGCCCAACGUGGGGCUCAGACUCCCGGACCGCGAAAUCAUGACCUGAGCCGAAGUCAGACGCUUAACUGACUGAGCCCCCCAGGCGCCCCAAGUUGAAGCCCAGUUAAAAGAAAUAUCUUGAUACUAAGAGAGCUCUCGAUAACUUCCUCCAGACAACCAGAGUCCUCACACCAAAGCGGUCAAGAUUUAAGGGUAGAAGUGGGUGAACCUGGAAACUAUUUUACACCUAAAAAUCUAUAAUCUUGAAUGGUUUUUUCAGGCUACUUUCAAGUGUGAAGUGUGGUGAGGUGUGAUGUGCUAGUUCAGGUGGGGAUUCCCACCGGGGCUCAAGGGGCUACUGGUGUAGCAGCCACAUAGAAGUGGACCUCCAAUUUUAUCAUGUAGAACUAAGAGUUCUCUGGCUUCCAGCAGAGCAAGAGAGGCCCAAGAAGGAAGCCACAUUCCAUCAUGGUAUGCCACCUCCAGUUCAGUAGAAGAGUCAUUAAGGCCAACCCACACAAAGGGAGGGAAUUGCCUAAGGAAAUGGAUACCAAGGAUCAUCUAAGAUUUCCCUAACUCAUGCCAUGAUCGUGCCCUGUGUACGCUUCUAUCACAGCAACCACUAGGCAUGACUUAAAAAAAGAUUUUUUUUUAAUCUUUUAUUCAUUUUUUGAGACAGACACAGAGCGUGAGCAGGGAAGGGACAGAGAGAGGGACACAGAAUCCCAAGCAGGCUCCACCUGUC